CUAUCGCAGAAAGCAGGGAGUUUCCAUUUUCUCAAACACAUAUUUUUUUUUGUGUUCAAAAAUUCAGAUUGCCCUUAGAAUACUCCGGUCACCAUGGCAAGACAUCGGUUUCCCAGAGUCAUUCGUAUGGUCGUACUGGUGGGAAUCAUCCAGUUAUUUGCUUGGGCAGAACACCCAACUGACUUGCAGAGUCAAGUUUCUGCACCUGAAAAUCUUACUGUUCACUCCUAUAAUUUUAAUACUACUCUCUACUGGGAUUACCAAAGUACUAAAAAGACUCUAUUUCAAGUUGAAUUUAGGAGUUAUGAGGAUGGAACAAACUGGACUAUUUUCCAUACCUGUAAGAAUAUUGUGCAGAGUUAUUGUGAUCUAUCAACAAAAAUUGAUAAGCCUGGCGAUUUUUAUUAUAUGCGAGUAAAAGCUUUAGAGGGAUCUGAUGAAUCAGAUUUUAGCAAAACAAAGGAAUUCUCCUUGCGGAUGGAAGGGAGAAUUGGGCCACCAACCUUGGAUGUGUAUAUGAUGGAUAAAGAGAUAGUUGUUGAUAUUUGGCACGCCCCUAUACCAGAUGGACUGCCAGACAUAUGGCAUUUUUAUCCUGAUUUUGAUUAUAAAGUUCAUUAUAUGAAAACAAACCAGAUUGAAACAAACAUUUGUGAUGAUGAUAAAUGCACAAUUUUUUUUACGCCACCCAAAAAAAAUGAAAAUUACUGCUUCUCAGCUCAGGGUAUAUCCAAUCUUUGGGCUGUGACUGGAGAGAUGUCAAAAGAAAUCUGUUUAUUUGUGGAAGAUAAAGAUGCAAUAGCAGAUUUCAGAUUGAAAGUGGCAGUCGGUACUUCUUUAGGCAUCUUUUUAAUUCUUCUUAUUGGUAUCGUAAUUUACAUUAUAAAAAAACAGACGUUGAACAACUCUAAGUUACCUGGAGCAUUAUGA